UUCUUCAUUUCAAAACUAAAAACUACGUAACAAACAAAGAAAAUCGCAACGCUCAAACUCCACCUUUUUCUUCCUUCUUUCAUUCAUCACUCUCAAUCUCAAAUCUCGCACCUAAUUUCCGUUCUCCGUUUCCCCCAAAACCUAAAUUCCACUGUCAUUCUGUUCGAUCUAUAACCGCGUUCUUCCAUUCCCCUCGCAAUUCCAACAUUUUCCUUUUCAAACUUCGAUUUCAUCUCUGCCUUUUCAAACUUCGCCUUCUCAUCCCUCACUUUCUUCCCACAUUUCUUCCCCGCUACAGUGUAGACAUAGUUAAUCAAAGGGGAAAAGGGUUUCUGAUACGAGCAUGCAGUGGGAACAGGAGGGAGGGGCAAAAGGGGGAACUGACAACUUAAAUGUGUUUCCUUGGGAAAGUGUCAAUCAAAUAGAAGAAGGUAGCCAGCUUGCUCCUGUGAUAAAAUGGAUAAAUGCUGUGCUUCCUUACUUUAACCUGCCUUUAGAAACUUCAGAGGAGGAAUUGAGGGCUUGCUUGAGGGAUGGAUCAGUAUUAUGCAGGGUUUUGGACAAUCUGGUUCCUGGGUCACUGGAGGGAAGUGAUUCUUUGAAUGAGCCGGUGUGUGUUCAAAGGUUUCUUGUGGCCUUGGAUGAACUGGGACUGUCAGGAUUUGAAUUGUCAGACCUGGAUCAGGGAUCAAUGGUGCCUGUGUUGCAGUGCCUUGAGAAUCUGAAAGCUCACUUUGCAUAUAAUGCUGCACGAGAAAAUAUCCAAAGUUGUUCAAGGAAGAGGUGGGACCAGCCAGACCGAACAUCCCUAGCAGAAACUGAUAGUUGCCUCAAGGAUGCUUCAAAAUUCCAACAUGUUGAUGACUCCGCUGAAUCAGAUGGAAUUGCUUCCAUCGAUCAGAUUGGAUUCAAGUCUAAUGAACUGUUCGAGUUGAAGCAAGGACUGCACGUGGAUCUUUCAGAUGCUAAACUUAAUAAAUUAUUGAAAUCAAACAAUUUGGAUAGUGUCUCAACUCGAUUUCUUUUUAACAUAGUAAAUAGGAUCCUAAGUGAUAUAUUUGAAAGGAAGAAUGGAGACAUACCUCAAGCUCAGCGUGCAGCAUGCCUGUUGAGGAAAAUUCUGCAAGUAAUGGAGUCACGCUUUUCAAAUCAAGCAGAAAGCAUGAAAAAUCAAAACAAUCUUUUCAAGGCUCGUGAGGGAAAGUAUCAAACUAAAAUAAAUGCACUUGAAACCCUGGCGGUAGGGACAACUGAAGAGAAUGAGGUUGUGACGGGUUGGUUUCAGCAGUUGAAGUUUUCUUUGCAGCAUGAACAAACUAAAUUUGAGGAGAAGAAGAAACUUGAAGAGCAAGACUUUUCUCGAUUAAAGAAAGAUAAAAUUCAAAGUGAAAUUGAAAUUUCUGCAUUGAAGCAAGAUUUGGAAUUGGCCAAAAGAUCACAUGAAGAACAUGUUUUACAGUUAGAAUUGCAAGCUUCUGAAUCUAAAUCUGAAUAUGAGAGAAGGAUACAGGAACUUAAAUGUCAUCUUGCUGAUGCGAGGAAGCAAGUGAAGGAAAUGGAGACAUUUUCGGAAUCCAGAUAUUUGAAUUGGAGGAAUAAAGAGCAUACCUAUCAAAGUUUCUUAAAUCAACAAUUUGGAGCUUUCAAGGAAUUGAAAGCUGUCAUGAAAUCUGUCAAAGAUGAAGUGAUAAAAACAAAAAGAAGCUACUUAGAGGAAUACAAGUACUUUGGAAUCAAGCUCAAAGGUCUAGCCGAGGCCGCUGAUAAUUAUCAUGUACUUCUAACAGAAAAUAGGAAAUUAUAUAAUGAAGUUCAAGAUUUGAAAGGAAAUAUCAGGGUAUAUUGUCGAGUUAGACCAUUUCUUUCGGGGCAAAGUCAGAACCAUACAACAGUUGAGUUUAUUGGUGAUGAUGGAGAACUAAUUAUUAGCAAUCCUCUAAAACAAGGAAAAGAAAGCCGCAAGCUUUUUAAAUUUAAUAAGGUUUUUGGUCAAGCCACAAGUCAAGAGGAAGUAUUCAUGGACACUCGGCCACUAAUUCGUUCUGUUUUGGAUGGGUACAAUGUUUGUAUAUUUGCAUACGGUCAAACUGGCUCUGGAAAGACUUAUACCAUGAGUGGACCUAGCCUAUCAUCAAAAUCAGAUUGGGGAGUCAACUAUCGGGCACUUCAUGAUCUUUUCCAUAUCUCCCAGAGUAGGAGAAAUUCUAUCAUUUACGAAGUUGGAGUUCAAAUGGUUGAAAUUUAUAAUGAACAAGUUCGUGAUUUACUAUCGAGCAAUGGUCCUCAGAAGAGACUUGGAAUUUGGAAUACUACUCAACCAAAUGGGUUGGCUGUUCCUGAUGCAAGUAUGCAUUCUGUGAAUUCAAUGAAAGAUGUCCUUGAGUUGAUGAACACUGGGUUGAUGAAUCGCGCAACUAGUGCCACAGCCUUAAAUGAAAGAAGUAGUAGAUCACACAGUGUUCUCUCUAUUCAUGUUCGAGGAACGGAAGUGAAGACCAACUCUCUGUUGCGUGGAUGUCUGCAUCUUGUGGAUCUUGCAGGAAGUGAAAGAGUGGAUCGUUCUGAAGCAACUGGAGAUAGGCUUAAGGAGGCUCAGCAUAUAAACAAAUCACUAUCCGCACUUGGAGAUGUUAUAUUUGCUCUGGCUCAAAAGAGUCCACAUGUGCCAUACAGAAAUAGUAAAUUGACUCAACUUCUACAGAGUUCGUUAGGUGGCCAAGCGAAAACUCUUAUGUUUGUACAGCUUAAUCCUGAUGUUGCUUCAUACUCUGAAACUAUAAGCACCUUGAAGUUUGCUGAAAGGGUUUCUGGUGUUGAGUUAGGCGCGGCUCGUAGCAACAAAGAGGGAAGGGAUGUGAGAGAACUUAUGGAGCAGAUGGCAUCUCUCAAGGACGCUUUGGCAAGGAAGGAUGAAGAGAUUGAGCGGUUUCAGUUGCUCAAGGCUAAUAAUAAUGGUGCAAAACAUGGAAUGAUCUCACUAAGGCAUGCGUCAUCAUCCCCAAGGUCAUCAUCCCCAAGGAGACAUUCCAUAGGGACUCCACGGCCCCGCAAUAACUUGAGACUUUCUGGAGCAAAGAGCUUGGGAGUCAAUGAAAAAGUAGCAUCUGACAUGGAUAACAGCUCAGAGUACAGUGAUAAGCAUUCGGAAGCUGGUUCUCAUCAAUCAGUGGAUGAUUUCAGGAACAAGUCCAGUUCCCUUCUGGUGAAAUUAGCUCGAGAAGACAUUGAUCAAAAUUUCAAUGAGGACAUUGACCUCUUAAGAUUUGGAGAUGCAGAUUCGGAGGAGAGAUUAAGUGACAUAUCUGACGGUGGUCUUUCAAUGGGAACAGAAACUGAGGGUUCAAUCUGCAGUAUUGUGGAGUACACUCUUUUCCCUGAUCUUGAGAAGGCAGCUGAAACUACGCCAUCUAGGGAUACAACAUCUGACAACCUUCUAGCUCAGAGCACGGAAAAGCCCAUUAUGCCAUCAAAAAUUCCCAAAGCUCCGCAAAUCCAGCCAAAACUGCAGACAAGAACUUCUAGGUUAUCAUUGAACAGAAGCACCUCGAAGGUUUCGUCAAGUAUUAAAAAACCCACAGUUGGUAGCUCGUCUUCGGUGAGGCCCUCGAAACGAUGGCAAUAGUUAGAUACUACUUGGAUGUUGUAGAGUGUUUGUAGAGAUAGUCUAUAGGAACUUUCUAUCCACGUUAGGUGCUCAUUCUAUUAUUAUACUCAAGGCGCAAGAGUUAUAGCUGAUUUCAGCUUCAAUCUGUUAUUGAAUGUAAGCUUCAUGGUCUUGUUACUGAUUACUGAAUCAGUUGUAUUUAUAAAUUUCCUUUCAGAUAAUGUUUUCUGUGAUAUUGUAUACUUAGCUGAGGGAAGAAAUAUCACAAUUCAUCAAGCAUUUAAACCCUA